AAGUGUUGGCAACUCAAAAUGUAUAGAAAAUAAAACCAAUAGUGGCUUUGGCACCACUUUUAACCAACAGAACAAUUGUACAGUUUGAGUGCCAUAGAAGCAGUAUAUGUCAAAACAAUAGAAAUUAGUCAUCCAAAAUUAUUUUUCGUGAAAACGUAAUAACAAAAUAAAUAGCUACAAUUUUCGACACUAAAAAUUUCAUUUAAUCAAAACUUAAAACGUAUAUAAAAAUACAUAAAAAUGAAUCGUCUAUUUGGUAAAGGCAAGCAAAAGGAACCACCACCGAAUCUCAAUGACUGCAUUGCUGGUGUGGAUUCGAGAGCUAAAUCUAUUGAAGAAAAGAUUGCAAAACUUGAAGCUGAGCUACGUAAGUAUCGCGAUCAAAUGUCAAAGAUGCGUGAGGGACCAGCAAAAAAUUCGGUCAAACAAAAAGCUAUGCGCGUAUUAAAGCAGAAAAAAGCUUAUGAACAACAAGCUGAGUCUUUGCACAAUCAAUCAUUUAAUAUGGAACAAGCCAAUUAUGCAGCACAAUCUCUUAAGGACACACAAAAUACCGUGGCUGCAAUGAAAGAUGCAAACAAAGUUAUGCAGAAAGAGUUUAAGAAAAUCAAUAUCGAUCAAAUUGAAGAUAUACAUGAUGAUAUGGCUGAUAUGUUAGAACAAGCUGACGAUGUGCAGGAAGCAUUGGGACGCACUUACGGUAUGCCUGAAGUUGAUGAUGAUGAGCUUGAAGCCGAAUUAGAUGCUUUAGGUGAUGAGAUUGCUUUAGACGAUGACACCAGCUAUUUAGAUGAUAUGGUUAAAGCGCCGUCUGCACCAGAUAAGGAACCUGGUGCAGAUAGCAUUGUGCCAGGAAAGAAUCAAAUUGAAACUGAUGAGUUUGGACUUCCUAAAAUACCAACUUCUCUAAAAACCUCAUAAACAAUUUCAAAAUUAUUUGCUUAUAUAUUGAAUAUAAUAUUUAUAAAAAUUUAAAAGUUUACACUCAG